AUGGAUUCAGACACUACUGGAACGACAGCGCCGCCGACAAAACACCCAGAUUUCUGGUUCCACGACGGAUCCAUUAUUUUCUCUGUCCAAAACACCUUGUUCCGUGUCCACCAGACAGUCCUAUCUAACCACUCGGAAUUCUUUGCUGGACUUUUUACGGUCCCUCAGCCAUCGGGAGAGGCCGUCAUCGAUGGGUGUCACGUCGUACCGCUCUACGACAAGGUCGAUGAUGUCAUAGAUCUGUUGAAGGCAGUAUACGACCCAUCCCACUUUGACAACCUCCCACCAGAAGCAGAGCUAGACUCCCUCCUGGACUUUAUAUCAGGCAUCCUCCGUCUCAGCACCAAAUACGUCUUCCAGUCCCUCCGGCGCCGCUGCAUCUCCCUCCUCUCAUCCAAAUUGCCCACCUCAUUCGCGGCUUACAAAAUGAAAGCCGCUCUCAGGACUUACGAACCAAUCAAAUCCGACGCCAUCAUGCGUGUCAUCCACCUCGCUUAUGAAAACCACGUCCUCCAAAUUUUACCCUACGCGUACUACUGCGUCGCGCGUAUGGGCGGCCGUAGGAUACUCACGCGCAAAGAAGGCGAUAUAGACUGGGAAACGAAGUCUAAGUGCCUCGUUGGCAGGGAUUGCCUCCGAUUGGCAGUGAUGAAGAUGUCCCAUUCAUUCCUAUUCAAUUUUCGUCGUUCCCCGCAGUGUCGGUCUCCGCUGUGCGCGUAUGCAAGAGGCCCUUAUGCGGAGUGGCAUGUGUUGGAAGCUGAAGACCCUCUGGACCCGCUUGGGCAGUAUACAAGCUGGCAUGAGCUUCAUGUCUGUCGGGAGCAGAAGGUGUGGAAUAAGUUGCCUAGUUUCUUUGGGAUGUCGACCUGGAAUGAAUUGAAGUCGACCAUGAGAUUUUACUUUUGGAUUAUGGAAAUCUUCUUCACGUCCGGGAGUAGAGUACCUCUUGCCACUGCUCGGCCUAUCAAUGUCACGCUAUCCCGCCAGCCUCCUCGCCUCCUACCGCUCAAUGUCAGCCACAUUCUUCCAACACUACUCACUCCGAACUCCGACGCCUCCUCGCCAGUUAACCAGUAUCGCCUAGCCAGCAGCAUACCAAUGUCAAGCAUCACCAUCGCUCACGCCCUCGCGCGUUUCAGCCUAGGCGAGCAAUCCAUUCCCGUCUCCGAGUCAGCUAUUGCCGCAGUCACAUCUCCUAAUGCGUGGAGCCCAUGA